CGGAGAAGAGCGUGGGCUCUGCGGAAACCGGCCGGCGCUAUGACAGCGCGUCCCGGGCUGAAGGGAGUGGUGGUGUGACUGUGGAUUGGAGGAGUGCUGCGAGCUCGAAACCACUCAUUCACCGGCAUACGCGUGAAGUCAAAACCAAAACAAUGGCAUUUCGCGAAGACGCUGACAACCGUGCUCGCCAUUUCUAGUCGUUCGCUUGUUUGGCGUUUUUCUGGAAAUAGGGUUUUUUUUGCGUGCAUCACUGGCAGAUUUGUUGUUGGAGCUGAAUGGAUGCACCGCUGACGACGGGUUGAGUUUUUAAAACUCUUUAGAGGUGACCGUGUGAUCCCGGUGGUGAUGGUGGUUAUGGAUGAUGGACGCGCGGAGACCGAAGCGCUCGUCCCGAGCUCCAGAGAAGAUGUUCGGUCUCAGCGGGACUCGACAAUCACGGACACAAAGUUCAAAGUUUACAAAAGGAGAUGGUUCAUCCUAUUUGUGCUAUGCCUGCUAAACUGUUCUAACGCGAUGUCGUGGCUGACUUUUGCUCCUGUGGCCGACCAGACAGCACAAUAUCUGCGAGUCUCUCUAAAUCUGGUCAACUGGCUGUCCCUAGUCUAUGUAGUGGUUGCUAUCUUCUUCAGUCUGGUCACAACAUGGGUGCUGGACACGCUGGGUCUGCGCUUCUCGCUUAUCAUGGGCUCGUGGCUGAACAUGCUGGGUGCUAUCCUGCGCGCCAUUGGCCCGUUGAACUGCAUCCCAGAGUGGGCCAUGUUCCCUGUGGUCAUGGGGGGACAGACACUGUGCGCCUUCGCCCAGCCUUUGGUCAUCUUUGCCCCCACCAAGCUGGCAGCUCUCUGGUUCCCUGAUCACCAGAGGGCCACGGCUAACAUGAUGGCUUCCAUGGCAAAUACUGUCGGGCUGCUCUUAGCCAAUAUCUUCUCUCCGAUGAUUAUUAGUUACUCCAGUACUCUUUUCAUGCUGCUCUUGAUAUACGCCAUACCUGCCAUCGUAGCCUGUUUCCUAGCAACAGUGGGGAUCCGUGAACGCGUGCCCCGGACACCCCCCUCUGCCAGCGUGCUGACCUCCAGCACUGAACCUUUCCUACAGGGGGUGAAACUGCUGCUGACAAACAAAGCUUACAUGGUCCUGCUGGUGUGUUUUGGUUCAGGAAUAGGGAUCUUCACUUGCUUCUCCACUUUGCUGGAGCAGAUACUUUGCGUUAAGGGCUACUCAAAUGACUUUGCAGGACUGUGCGGUGCUGUUGCUAUUGUAUUCGGUGUCCUGGGUGCUUUUCUCCUCGGCCUGUACGUGGAUAAGACCAAGAAGUUUACAGAAGUCACUAAGAUAAACAUGUGUCUGACAUCCCUGGGCUGCUCUGUUUUCGCUGUGGUCUCCCUGUUAAGCGAGCAGAAGGUCGUGAUUGGCGCCGUAUGUGCGUGGUUUGGGUUUUUUGGGUACUCUGUGUAUCCCGUCGCAAUGGAGCUUGGAGUUGAGUGCUCGUACCCUGUGGGUGAAGCAACGUCUUCUGGGUUGAUCUUCGUGUCUGGACAAAUUCAGGCCGCCCUUUAUCUGCUCCUGCUGCAAGCUCUGGCUAAACCGAUGGCAGAUUCUCCAUUAUCUGUAUGUGCUUCUGGAACAGAUGCCAGUCUGAACUGGACAGUGCCAGUGCUGGUGAUGGCAGGCCUGUGUACUCUGGGCACCUGCUGCUUUGUUGGCUUUUUCCACACGGAUUACCGGAGACUCCGUGCGGAAGCCACAGCCUCACCAGAUACGGUGACAGACCAGUCAACAGGAGGAGACACCUGGGCAAACAGCACUGAUGCAUAAAAGGAAGGACUGAUCUAACAGCAAGAGAAACCACUGAUGACCGUGUUUACACACACUUUAAGAAGCCUUUUACCUCAUUAACAUUGAAGAUACGUGCCUUAAAUGCUCAGAAGUGGUACUUAACCGCAAUUAAAUGCAAUCUUGAUCUCAAAUUCUAAAUGUUUUGAUUGUAAUACAGGGUACAUGGAUUUUUAGCUGUUGAACCUAAUGCAUAUUUUUUUUUUUUUUUUUUUUUUUACAAUGUCGUUUUUUAUAUGAUGUUUAUGUUUUUGGGUGUUCAAAGUUAGAAACUAACUUUAACUUUUUGAAAUUAUGAAAGAGAGAUUUUAGUGCAAUAAAAUGAUCACACGACUAACUUUCUACCUUAAAAAGGUACAUAAAGAGUUGCUGGGUUAGAAUGACUGGCGGUGGUUAAAAAACGUUUUACUUUUUUGCAAAUCUUUUAGAGAAUUUGCAAAAACAAAUAAAAUUGUGUUAUUUUUUUAACCUAGUUAAAAUAAUCUUACUGCAGUUUGAGAUUGGAAUGCACAAUGAAAUCAAUUUUUGAGAAUUGUUAAAAACAGUUAAAAAAAACGAGUAAAAAAAACUAAAUAAAAUUUGCACAAUUUACUUUAUUCCUUACAGGUUUAAAUGUAAUUGUUUUUUUCCUCAGAGAAUUGUGACUGUAAAAGUGACCAUUAGUUUGUUUUAUCGUGAAAAAAGCUUCCAUACUCUAUAUAGCUAUACUAGGAUUUAAACUGUGGUAUUGAUUCAAAAUAUUGCAGUUUUGUGCAAUACUUAAUUCUGAUCAUUCACUGUGUGCUCAAAAUGUUUUGAAUGAGGGCUAAACUGUACUUUGAACUCUAAGAACUCUUAUGGUCUCUUUCCUUUCAUUUAAUUGAAGUUCUGAUCAGCAUUUAAUUUCCAGCUUUUUAUUUAUUUAUUUAGCAAAGUAGCCAUGCGAUAAGUAUGACUAUAUUCAUAUUGGCAUUUACAUUAACCCCAGGAGUACUCAGGGGCCAUAUGUAUCACUAUCUAUACCUAUUCCUAACUCGACCAAAACUUUUUAUAUGGUAAUAAAAUCAAAUAUACACUCAAAAA